AUGUCUUCUGCCCAAGACGAAUUCAACCUCCUGGUUCAGUCCAAUCGGGAGAAGUACUCUACACAUCCUGAGGAUCGUGACAACGACUCGGGUCACGACUCCAAUCCUUCAGAAGACGAACAAGACCACCCGCAGUUCUCGGACUCCGAGGACCACGAUCCCACUAUGAGAACCGGCUCGUCCACCUACCGUGUCCCAAACAUUGUCUUCGAUGCCAACACCGGUCCCAAGGGUGUUAUAGCCGACGCUCAGGCCUUUGAGCGCGCGCGCGCAAGCUCCUUUCGCAAAACACUGCAUCAUAAUGACCAUGCAAAAUACGUUGCCGACGAUUCCCACCUUCUGCAUCAUACCCCGCCUCCGGAUGGCUCGCUCAGUGAUGAGGACGAGGAACACUUCCUUCGCCAAUGGCGCGAAGAGCGUAUACAGGAAUUAAGGAACCGGAGCUUCCGGCGGCCUAGCCCCCGGCGGAGAAUGUAUGGGGCUCCGGCAUUGUUGGCCUACAGAGGCGGUGAUGUCUUUGAGACUAUCGUCGAGAUCGUCCGACAGAUCCCGAAAGGUCGCGACUGUACCUCUCACACUUUGGAAGAUUUACUCAAACUAUAUGCUGACUGUCCCAGAUACCGAGUGCUGUAA